UUUUACAGUCAAGGCUGGAAGCCCCACCUUUUGUGUUUCCCGCACCGUCAAUCAAAAUAGAAAAAAAUCGACUCGAAUCACCGAUCGCCGCCCGCCUUUGAUUAAAAUGAUCAUGUUUGGCGUUUAAAUAAACCGAAAAUCAUCCGAUUUAAAUCAUUCGCGUUAUGACUGGUACGUAACAUUUAAGCUGAUUCAAGCAUGCCAACACCGCCCCUGAACAGCCAGUGAAACAGGAGGAAAUGGCUGCCUUAGACGUGGACAGCAGUCAGAGCGACUACAUGCAGCACGCCAGCGCUGGAGGCGAUCAGGACGCUCAGCCGUCACCGCUCGCGCUGCUGGCAGCUACCUGUAGCAGGAUCGGCUCGCCAUCGCCGGGGGAGGAUAACGGUGCCGCCGAUGGCGCGACCACAGACCUCUCAUCUAUACACUUAACAGGGACAUCUGAGAGAUGGGAGGUUUUGACUCCAUCAGCAUCUAUAAAGGAGGAGCCGGGCAUAGUGCGUAUUCCCAGCGCGGGGAUAGUAACGUCAAACGGACAAUACGUUCUUCCUCUCCAGAAUAUGCAGAGCCAGCCGAUUUUCGUGACCUCUGCGACGGACACGUCCACCAAUGCAGUGCCUAACAUUCAGUACCAGGUGAUCCCGCAGAUCCAGACCGGAGAUGGACAGCUGGGCUUCGCUGCCUCUGCAGUGGAGGGUGGCUCCCUAAGCCAGGAUGCCACGGGGCAGAUUCAGAUCAUGCACAAUGCGGGUCAGAGUAUAAGUGCCACCGGGACCUCUUCCUCUGACAUCCUUACCAACAGCCAGAACCUCGUAUCACAGACUGGGCAUAUCCAGCAGAUUCAGGGCGUUUCCAUUACUGGGUCAUACAAUAGUCAGGGUCAGGUUGUCACUAGUGUGCCUGUCGGCUUGCCAGGGAAUAUUACCUUUGUUCCAAUAAAUAGCGUGGACUUAGAUUCGCUGGGACUCUCUGGAGCUCAGACAAUAGCGACGGGGGUCACUCCGGACGGGCAGCUGAUCAUGGCCGGCCAGGCCGUGGAGAACUCCAAUAGCUUGGAGAAGUCUGGAGACGGGAUCCCUCAGACACUCUCCAUAAGCGAGUCGAACUCUAACCAAGAGAUUUACGUGCCAACGACAACCUCGUCACAGCUCCCGGAGACGAUAGAUGGCACGGGGGUUCUGACUACGGUCACGGCUGUCUCCGGCGCCCAGACUGGAGACUCUGCUCUCCAGGAGAGCUACAUCAACCAGAACCAGGUGCAGAACAUUCAGGUAUCGUCGGCGCAUCCUGUCAUCCAGCUGCAGCCGGUGCCCGUGAGUGCGGGCGACGCCCAGGUGGUGCAGGGCCUCACCCAGCCCCAGGUCCAGGUCGCGGGGCAGAACCUGCAGCUCAUCAACCCCGGGACAUUCCUGAUCCAGGCACAGACGGUCACGCCCUCAGGGCAGAUCCAAUGGCAGACUUUCCAAGUGCAGGGCGUCCAGAACCUGCAGAACCUCCAGCUUCCCAGCACUGGGGCGCAGCAGAUCACGCUGGCCCCCGUUCAGACACUCUCGCUGGGCCAGGGGGGCACGCUGAGCUCCAGCCCCGUCAGCAUUAGCACUGGGCAGAUCCCCAACCUGCAGACUGUGACCGUCAACUCGGUGUCCCAGCCCGGCAUGCCAUUCCUGUCGUCCGAGGACACGGACAGCCCCGCAGAUAUACAGAUCAAGGAGGAGCCCGACUCUGAGGAGUGGCCACUGGGCACGGACUCCACGCUGAACCCCAGUGACCUGUCGCACCUGCGCGUGCGUCUGGUGGACGAGGACGGCGAACUGCACGGACAGGAGGGCAAGAGGCUGCGGCGCGUGGCCUGUACCUGCCCCAACUGCAAGGAGGCUGGCGGCCGGGGCUCCAACACGGGCAAGAAGAAGCAGCACGUGUGCCACAUCCCCGGCUGUGGGAAGGUGUACGGGAAGACGUCUCACCUGCGUGCCCACCUGCGCUGGCACUCGGGGGAGCGGCCGUUCGUCUGCACCUGGAUGUUCUGUGGCAAGCGGUUCACUCGCAGCGAUGAGCUGCAGAGGCACCGCAGGACGCACACGGGGGAGAAGAAGUUUGUGUGUCCGGAGUGUUCCAAGCGCUUCAUGCGCAGCGACCACCUGGCCAAGCACAUCAAGACCCACCAGAACAAGAAGGGCGUGGCCGCCGGGGCAGAGGUGGCGGGAGUGUCCUCGGACGGCAUCCUCACCGCGACGGGCGCCACCCUCAUCCUCACCAACAUCCAGCACGGCUCCGCCCAGGGCCUGGGCACGGUCAACGCCGCCAACGCUCAGGAGAUCCUCUCCAACACGGAGAUCCCUCUACAGCUGGUCACCGUCUCAGCCAGCGAGGUCAUGGAGUGACGGCUGCCUGUCACUGGGACUCCCUAACCCCUCCCACCCCAUUUUUAAAAUAAAUAUAUAUAAAUAUAUGAAUAUAUAUUUUAAAGAAUUAUCAUUUGGUCUUUUUACAGAUUGGGCAAAAAAUAACAAUACAUGUGGUUCCAAUAUUCACACUGAAAAUGCCUUAUUUUGUAUCAUAGUCUGUAGUAUAAAUGGCGUUGCAUGUAUUAUAUUGUUUUUUAAGCUACUGUUCCAUAUGUAAAGCCUCUGAAGGAAACGUUUCCAAAAAUGCAAAGGAGUGGUACAGGAAACUGGAGUCUCGUCAGCCGAAUUUCUCCUGUGUGCCCUAAGAGGGGCUGUGCUCAAAAGAUCUGCCUCAAGUUUGCGUUAAUGACCCCUGAUCUCCCCCAGUCUGGCCGUCUGUGUGUCUCUCUGGUUUUCCUGCUGUUCCUGAAGUGCAUCCUUAAGCCCCUCUCUCCUGUCAUUUUUGUUUAUUUCCACCUUUAAGUAUCAGCUUUUUAAAGACAUCUUGUAGAUGUUGACAAUUAAAUUGGAUCUUUCCAAAAAAAAAAACAUAAAGGAUUUAUUUCUAGUCAUAUGUUCUGUUGCAGCUUGAAUAAUUAUCCAGAUGGUAAAUAACAAUCAUGUAAAGGUUUUUUUUUUUUUUUUUGGAUAUUUCAUGUCUUCUGUCCUUCCUGUACCAGCUUGUAUUACAGUACAAGUUACUUGUAAAUCAAGUCUUUUGAUCGAAAAACUAUUUAUAGUAGGCUGUACUUAGUAAAUGGGUUUUGUUGUAAUAAUCGCCUUUUUAAAAAUUACUUUUUAAAUAUGUAAGAUUUUUUUUUUUUUUUGUAAAAAUUUCGAAAUGGAUCACAAUUAAAGUCCUUUAUAUGGAAAAAGCCAUGUUAGGAAGGUUGAUUUGCCAAACCAGACUCCUCUUGAUGCGGAGCUGUCGGUGUGCCGUCUGCCCCACAGCCUGUCAGGUCCAGCUUUGGGUUGUACGACGGAUACAGUGUGGUGAUGGACCAAAAAAAACUUUUAUGCAGUUUUCCUCUCUUCUGUGUCGUGUCACUACGUAAUAUGUCAGGGUCUUAAAGUUACAGCUUUUCUUUAAAAUAAGCUCCCUUUUCCUGCCAAAGCCAGGUACGAGAAUCUCAUGUUACUCUAGAAACACCCUCAGCAAGCCAAUGCAAGCUGCAGUCACUUGAUGGCUCUUCUUUGUUCAAGUGGACACCUUUCUAUGGGUGACUCACACUGUACUAACCAACUACAGCUAAAUAACUUUCUACUUGUAUAAAUUUUUUUAAAUGUUUGGCCAGGGAUGUUUUAGGCUGUACAAUUUCUUUGUUGUCAAAUAUGUAUUUCCUUUUAAGUAUGUACCUAUAUGAUCUGUUUAAUUUUUCUAUAUAGAAAUGUUUCUGACAUGCAUUAUGCAGAUUGUAUAAUGUAAGAUUGUAAGUAGGUUAAAAAUGAAUGAAUGCUAUACAAUCUUGUUGCUGGAGUUAAUUGCUCUAGUGACUGGAGUUUUUGGAAGAAAAGGAUUUAUAGCAUUUUAUGAUAUUAUGACUCACAGGGCCCUGAGUCCCAGAAUCUACUUUCAUGUAAUUGAAAUAUAUUCUACCAUAAGUGGUAAUUAAUAAAACACUAUUUUGAUAUUUUGA